AUGACACCUGCCAUACCACCAGAGAAGAACGACUCAACCUCGGAGAGCACCAGCAGAACAACAUCGAUUGCACUAGAGAAGACAGAGGCAACACUUCCCGCCCAUGGAGCCAACCAAGAUGACGUGGAUGUGCUCAACCUGCCAUAUAGAACCCUCACAGCAGAAGCAUGCAUGGAAGAAUACACUACCGAAGUGACCGGAGGCCUUCGACCCGUGCAAUCGAACAAAACUGGCCGAACCGAGCGUUACGAGCUCGUAACCUUCGAUAUCAACGAUCCUGCCAACCCUAAAAACUUUUCGCGAGCCUACAAGUGGUGGUGCACGCUAGUCGUGGCCAUCACCUGCUUCGCUGUAGCAUUCGACAGUGCAGUCAUUACUGCCGACGUGGCCUCACCAGCAAAGACAUUCGGAGUCAGCGAGGAGGUCUCUCUGCUGGCCAUCUCGCUGUUCGUUGUUGGGUUCGGCAUCGGACCCAUGGCCUUCGCGCCCUUAUCGGAAAUCCUUGGCCGUCAGAAGAUCUACAUCAGCACGCUGCUCCUCGCUGUGGUGUUCAUCAUACCCUGCGCAGUCGCUCCCAACAUCGAGACACUCCUCAUCUGCCGCGCCAUCGACGGCAUCAUGUUCUCUGCGCCAAUGACGCUCGUCGGCGGCACGCUCGCCGAUCUCUGGAACCCCAACGAGCGUGGCGUGCCCAUGGCUGUCUUCAGCGCGGCGCCAUUCAUCGGACCAGCCAUCGGGCCCCUUGCAGGAGGGUUCAUCGCGGACAAUCUCGGCUGGCGCUGGCUAUACUGGAUGCAACUCAUUCUCUCUGCAUUCUGCUGCAUACUCAUCACCUUCACCGUGCCAGAGACCUACGCUCCCGAGAUCCUUGCCCGCCGAGCAAAGAAAAUGCGCAAAGAAACUGGCGAUUGGAAGUUCGUCACCGAACAGGACCUGGACAAGCGACCUCUCAACGAACGCCUGAAGGUAUUCCUCCUUCGACCGUUCCAGCUGCUGUUCCAGGAACUCAUUGUCUUUUUCCUGUCGCUGUACAUGUCCGUACUCUACGGCUUGCUUUACAUGUUCUUCAUUGCCUACCCAAUCGUCUACCAGGAAGGAAAAGGGUACUCCGCUUCCAGCACCGGAUUGAUGUUCAUCCCUGUUGCGGUCGGGGUGCUCAUGAGCGCCGCUUGCGCUCCGCUGGUGAACAAGCAUUACCUUCAGCUCGUGGAAAGACACCAUGGCAAGCCGCCCGCGGAGGCAAGACUGAUUCCGAUGAUGUUCUCCUGCUGGUUCAUACCGAUCGGACUGUUCGUCUUUGCUUGGACUUCGUAUCCUCACUUGCACUGGUCCGGUCCCGCGCUGGGAGGGUGGGCCGUCGGCUUCGGUUUCAUCUUUCUCUACAACUCGUGCAACAACUACCUCGUUGACUCGUACCAACAUCAAGCAGCGUCGGCGCUCGCGGCAAAGACAUUCUUGCGGUCGUUCUGGGGAGCGGCCGUCGUGCUAUUCACGAUCCAAAUGUACCACCGUCUGGGCGAUCAGUGGGCGAGCACAUUGUUGGCAUUCAUCGCGUUGGCGUGUUGUGCGAUUCCCUUCGUCUUCUACUACAAGGGUGCGGAGAUCCGGAAGCACUCGCAUUACGCCUUUUCUGGAGAUGAGGAGAACAAUGUCGCUGGCUUGCGUUGA